CUCUCUCUCUCUCUCUGUGUUCUUCAGAGAUCUGGUGGUCGCCGUCGCCGGAGAAAAUGGAGGAGGAGAUCAAGAGUAAGGAAUUGGGGCUUAUAGAAAGAGGGAAAGAGAUAGAGAAUGGUCCGGUGAUCGAGGAUGAGAUUGAGAGGAGCAAGGUCGGGAUCAUGAGGGCUCUGUGCGAGAGAGAGGAUCAGUCAACCAAGGAUGUGGAUGAUUUGAUGCUCAGGAGAUUUCUCCGAGCACGGAACCACGAUAUCGAGAAGGCUUCUACCAUGUUUCUGAAGUACCUAAAUUGGAAACGAACCUUUCUACCCAACGGUUACAUAUCCGAAUCGGAGAUCACGAAUGAGCUUUCCCAUAACAAGACGUGUAUGGCAGGUCGUGACAAGAGGGGUCGACCUGUGGUAGUUAUCUUCGGGAACAGGCAUAACCCUUCUAAAGGGAACCCGGAAGAAUUCAAGCGCUUUCUAGUCUACACCCUGCAGAAGAUAGCUGACCGGAUGCCGAGGGGAGAGGAAAGGUUCAUAGCCAUUGGAGAUCUCCAAGGAUGGGGAUACUCUAACUGUGACGUGCGCGGAUACCUAGCUUCUCUAUCGAUCCUACAGGAUUAUCACCCAGAGAGACUGGGGAAACUGUGUAUAGUUCAUGCCCCUUACGUUUUCCUGGCUGCUUGGAAAAUCAUUUACCCGUUUAUCGACUGCAACACGAAGAAGAAGAUUGUUUUCGUGGAGGACAAGAAACUGGCAUCUACACUGCUCGAAGACAUGGAGGAAGAUCAGCUUCCAGAUAUAUACGGAGGCAAACUGCCGUUGGUUCCUAUUCAAGACAGCUCAAAGUGAACUGAAGGCCCCAGUUGUCUUUACUUCUCUUUCUAGCUAUUUUAUUUUUUGUUUUUAUUAUAUGUAGGGAAAAAUAUAAAUUUAUAAUAAUUUUCUUUUGCUGCGUUGUA